AUGAAAUUAACCAACAGCUUUGCAUAUGCAAGUCUUAAAAUACCCAAGAUGAAGCGAUCGAAUUCAUUGUACUGUACAUCAUCGUUUCACUGCAAAACUAUGCCUUCUCAAGAACAAAAGCCACACUUUAUCCUGUUUCCAUUGAUGGCCCAAGGCCACAUGAUCCCCAUGAUGGACAUCGCAAAAUUAUUAGUGCAACGCACUGUUACUGUGACUGUAGUCACCACGCCACAUAACGCAGCUCGUUUCUCACCAAUCUUUGAUUGUUAUCUUGAGUCUGGAUUCCCUAUUAGAUUAGUUCAACUUCAAUUCCCAUGUGAAGAAGCUGGAGUACCCGAAGGAUGCGAGAAUCUCGAUACGAUACCUUCACUCGGCACGGCCCCGAGUUUCUUCAAAGCAACAAGUCUUCUACAACCACAGGUGGAACAAGUCUUUGAAGAGUUAUCACCACCACCAAGCUGCAUAAUCUCUGAUAUGUGUUUGCCAUAUACAUCCCAUAUCGCCAAAAAAUACAAUAUCCCAAGGAUUUCUUUUGUUGGAGUAAGCUGCUUUUACAUUUUGUGUGCGCAUAAUAUACAUAUCCAUAAUGUUAGGGAGAACAUAGCAUCGGACUCGGAAUACUUUGUUUUGCCGGGUAUCCCUGACAAGAUUGAGAUGACUAUGGCACAGGCUGGACAUCCCAUGAAUGAAACCUGGAAACAGAUUAAUGAAGAAAUAAUAGCUGCUGAAAUGACUAGUUAUGGGAUAAUCAUGAAUUCUUUUGAAGAGUUGGAGCCAGCAUAUGCAAGGGAUUACAAGAAGGUCAGGCUUGAUAAAAUGUGGUGCAUAGGCCCUGUGUCACUUAUUAACAAGGAUCACUUGGAUAAGGCUCAAAGAGGUAGGGCCUCAAUUGAUGUGUCCCAACAUCUAAAAUGGCUUGAUUCUCAAAAGGCAGGGACUGUAAUCUAUGCAUGCCUUGGAAGCCUGUGCAAUUUAACACCACCCCAGUUGAUAGAGCUUGGUUUGGCCUUGGAAGCAUCAGAAAGACCCUUCAUUUGGGUAAUCAGGAAAGGAAGUUAUUCAGAAGGAUUGGAAAAGUGGAUUGAGGAAUAUGGAUUUGAGGAAAGGACAAAUGGUAGAAGCCUUCUCAUUCGGGGCUGGGCUCCCCAGUUGUUAAUAUUAUCACACCCUUCUAUUGGAGGGUUCAUAACGCACUGUGGUUGGAACUCAACCUUGGAAGCAAUAUGUGCGGGUGUUCCAAUGGUUACGUGGCCACUUUUUGGUGACCAGUUCUUAAAUGAAAGUUUAGUGGUGCAUGUUCUAAAAGUUGGAGUAAAGAUUGGGGUGGAAAUUCCGAUGAUAUGGGGCAAUGAAGAGGAAAUUGGUGUGCAAGUGAAGAAGGAAGAUGUUGAAAGGGCAAUUGUAGAGAUAAUGGAUGUGACAAGUGAAAGUGAAGAAAGAAGAAAAAGGUUAAGAGAGUUUGCAGAGAUGGGUAAAAGAGCCGUGGAGAACGGGGGAUCCUCUGAUUCUAAUGUGACAUUGCUUAUCCAGGAUAUCAUGCAAAAAACCAAGGGAGAUGCUUAA